AUGACUACGCAAGAUUCUGAGACCAUCGAUACCACAGCCACAUGUUCCAUCUGGGGCGACUUCGUAGACUCAGACGGUGAAUGUGACGUUGAAGAUGCAUGCGAACCUAUCGACCGUUAUGAAGAAGGACUUUACCUUCCCAUCUGUAUCGGUGAGGUUGUCGCCGACAGAUAUCGAAUCGAGCACAAGCUAGGUCAUGGCGGAUUCUCGACUGUCUGGAUGGCCCACGAUAUGGAUCAGGGAAAAGAUGUCGCCCUUAAGAUCAUGACAGCGAACUUCGGGGGUGAGCGAGAAUUUAUUAGGCAGAAUGAGAUCAUCAAUUGUGUGUUGGACACCUCACGUCUGUUGAUAUACCAAGACGCAUUCUUGUUACCCGGCGCAGGUAUAAAUCCCCACCGUGUUCUUGUUUUCCCUCUCAAAGGCCCCAAUCUGAGAGAUUACGCACGGGAGACUUCUACAAUUAUGCGCAGAUCAGCUGCCAAACAGCUACUUCAAGCACUUAAAGCACUGCACGAUGGUGGAAUGGUACAUCGAGACCUCAACAGUGCCAAUGUGAUGUUUGGUCUUUCCUCGUUUGAGACUGGUGCAGAUAUAUCCACCAAGUAUCAAAUUCUUGGUCGCCCUAAGAAAAUGGAACUGCCCACGAACCAAGAAAUGUGGAAGAAUGGGCAAUUGGUGGCAACAAUGUCUCUAAAGGACAGCUUUGUGGUUCAAGAUACCAUAACCCUCGGCGACUUUGGUCUCACUAUUCGGUCUGGCACCGAAGUAGAUUUCAAGCUUCAGGUACCUGCUGGCUACUGCGCGCCUGAGCGUAUGCACGGUUUAAGCCCGACUUUUGCAUCUGAUAUGUGGAGCUACACCUGUAUCUUUGCUGAGCUCUACCUGAAGUGGCCUCUGUUUGGUGCUGGAUUUUUCGGUGGUGGACUUCGCUCCAUAGUUGGACUGCUUAUCAGAGUGUUGGGCCCUCGGCCUCUGCCGUGGAAAGGCUUGUACGAAGGCAGUGGAAAAUCAGACGACAGCUGGUACGAUCAAAGCAGAGUUCCGGAGCCUGGAAUGUCUUUGGAGUCGCGAGUAACGCAGUCUUGGGAUCCCGUUGAUCCUGCUGAGCAACAGAUCGUGCUCUCGAUAUUACGGAGGGGCUUUUCUUAUCUGCCUGACGAACGAAUGAGUGCAGGAGAACUUUUGGAGGAUGCAUCAUUCAAGGCGCUUAUGGACAUGUACGAACUUUAG